AUGUUGCACGUUGCCCAUUUGACGGAGAGUCUGAUUACUCUUAAUUGGACACGAACAAACACUCCAGGCAUCGUUAGCCCCACUACUGUAUUCUUGACUAUAGAAGUAUUGGAACGACUUAUCAAUUCAGUCGAUGAGGCAAAACACACACCCUGCUUGUACACUGCAUUUCAGAAAAUAGAGGACAGUAUAUUGGAGCAGAAGCUUCACCACAAUUUUAACCAGGGUGUUCGGGAUGGUUAUGUACGAGUGCGAAAGGUUAUUAUAACUCCAACUCGUUUGCUGCUUAUCGCGCCGGAAUUACUGAUGGGCAACAGAGUUCUUCGAACAUUUGACAAAGACGGAAAUGGCGCUCUGCGCGUACUGUUUCGUGAUGACGAUGGGACACCGCUUAGGGUCAAUACUGUUGGUCCACAUCUGAUACAGUCGACGGUAUUUAAUACGCUUACCAGAGGCAUUUAUAUUGGAGGCAAGUACCGACAUUUUGUCUAUCUCGGUUCAUCAAAUUCACAAAUGCGUGACAACGGUUGCUAUUUUUAUGAUGAUGGUGAUGGAGGGCAGGCGCAGAAAAUACGUGACCAGCUUGGCAAGUUCGAUCGCUGUAACAUACCAAAAAUGAUGGCUCGCAUGGGUCAAUGCUUUACGCAAGCCAAAGUACUCAUUUGA